AGCAAGGAAAAGCAGAGCAGCGAGAUUCCUGAAGCAAAGUCAAUUGGAAUCAAGAUAUUUAACUAUUUAUGGGAAAAAAAAUUCCGAUCGAAACGAAAGUGAUGAGUUUAGCAUAGUUAAGAACGCCGUACAAGGGUGAAAACGGCUAUGAAAACCGUCUUUCCAUUUUUAGCAACCCUUCUGUUCUCUUCUCUGGUACUUCCGUCCAACCAAUUCAGUUUACAAAAAAUACUGUGUCUCUUUCUUUUCUUGUAACCAUUACCAACACAACAGUUCCGUGUUUUUUAAAAUUAAUUAUUUUCGAAAUUUAAACUCUCACUGCGUUGUUCACUUCAGAGCUGAGCUGCACCUGUUUUGUUGAAUUCUAUGGACACAGAUUCCGUCAUGCUCGAGGAUUUUAAGGUCGGUGGUUGGUCAUUGAUUCGCUAGCUAUCCCAACAAAUCUAUUUCUAGGGUUCAUGUUCAUAUGUUCAUGUAUUACCAAUCCCCAAUUUCUUUCUCAAAUUUUUUGUCUACCUACUGUAUUUUUUUAACAUUUCACAUAUAGUACUCCCCUCACUGUUUGCCAAUCGUUGAUGAGCUUCACAAAUUCUCUGUCCCUUGUAUCUUACGCCGUUUCCCUGUGCUUCCUUUCGAGCUCUGGUCCUCAACAUUCAGGUAGCGAAUUUGAGUACACAAACUUCCAGAAUUGAACAAUGGUGGUGAAUAUGGAAGCAAUGUCUCUUGCAAAUUUUUACACAGAGGAACUCUAACAUUCGUUAAAUUUCAAUCAAUUUCGAUCUCCAACAUAAGUAUGGAAUACCCUUUUUCCCCAAAGGAGAGUGUAAUUGGGGAUUGGCAAUCUUCUGGAGCUCAGUUGGAGGGAUCAGCAUCAUUAGAUGGCAGAAUGAGCAAUUCAAUACCAGAGGAUAUGCCCAAUAGCUUCUCUGAGCUCAUGAACUUUGAUACCUAUGCUGGUUUGUGCAACAGCCCAUCCAUAACUGAUCAGAUUUUGGCUAAUGACCUUCCAUCAUUUGCCUCAUUAUCAUAUCCGUUGCCCGAUGGGUUCAAUCUAGUCCAACAGUACAGUGGGCAAUACUGUAUGUCAGGAGUUGGCAGAAAUAACAAUGACAUGGAAAGCUCCCCCAUUUAUGGGGAGAAAGUUGUGUGUCAGCAAAUGGACACCCUACUUGGUUGCUUAAAUGAUACAAAUGAAGCAAAUAACUUGAAUUCUAAGCUAAAAAUGAAUAGCUCUUCUCAACAUCUCAAUAACUUUGAUACAGGCAAUUAUAUGAUGUCUAGGUCACCUGGUUUGUCACUUGAUGAGAGAAUGCUGAGGGCUUUGUCCUUCUUUAAGGAAUCAGCUGGUGGGGGAAUAUUGGCACAAGUUUGGGUACCCAUAAAGCAUGGUGAUCAGUUCAUCUUAAGCACGAGUGACCAACCUUAUUUGCUAGAUCAAAUGCUCGCAGGGUAUCGUGAAGUGUCCAGGACAUUUACAUUUUCUACAGAAGGAAAAUCUGGUUGUUUCUUAGGACUUCCUGGUCGUGUGUUUACGUCCAAAGUUCCUGAGUGGACUUCAAAUGUUGGUUAUUACAGUAUGAGUGAGUACUUAAGGUUUGAGCAUGCAAUUAAUCACAAGGUUCGUGGAUCAAUUGCAAUUCCCAUAUUUGAUCUGCACUCUGAAUUUCCAUGCUGUGCUGUACUGGAACUUGUCACUACAAAGGAAAAGCCAGAUUUUGACAGAGAAUUGGAAAUUGUUCGUCAUGCACUCCAGCUUGUAAAUUUAAGGACUGUCAAGACUCUCAGAUGUCUUCCCCAGAGUCUUUCAAACAACAAAAAAGCUACUUUGACCGAGAUAGUUGAUGUGUUACGAUCUGUCUGUCAUGCACAUAGAUUACCACUGGCACUGACAUGGAUUCCCUGUGGUUACACUGAGUGCUCAAGAGGUGAAGCUUCAAGAAUACGAAUUAAAGGGGGUCAUUCAACUUCUAGUGAAAAAAGCGUACUGUGUCUUGAAGAAUCUGCUUGCUACAUAACUGAUAGAGCAAUGGCAGGAUUUAUCCGUGCAUGCAUGGAACAUCAUCUUGAGGAAGGGAAAGGUAUAGCUGGGAAAGCUCUUCAAUCAAAUCAUCCUUUCUUCUAUCCUGAUGUGAAAACAUAUGAUAUUAGUGAAUAUCCACUUGUCCAUCAUGCACGCAAGUAUAAUUUGAAUGCUGCAGUUGCAAUUAGGCUAAGGAGUACUUAUACUAAUGAUGAUGAUUACAUAUUGGAAUUCUUUCUGCCUGUCAAUAUGAGAGGGAGUUCAGAGCAGCAACUUUUAUUAGACAACCUCUCGGGUACGAUGCAGAGAAUUUGUAGUAGUUUGAGGACAGUUUCAGAAACCGAAUUAUCAGGAAUAGAAAGCUCACCAGUGGGGCUUGGAAAGAAAAAUGCCCCCAGUUUUUUUCCUUUGUCAAGUAGAAACUCUGACAUACCAUUAAUAAAUGGUGACUGUGAUUCUGUCCAGAAGAUGUCAUUGAAGGCAACAACUAACCUAAAGGACAACGAAAUUGAGCCUUCUCCUAACCAGGAAAGAAAUGGAUCAAAAAGACAGGUCCAGAAAAAUAGAAGUACAUCGGAGAAGAAUGUUAGCUUGAGUGUUCUCCAACAAUACUUUUCUGGUAGUCUGAAGGACGCUGCAAAAAAGAUUGGUGUUUGCCCAACAACUCUGAAAAGGAUAUGCAGGCAACAUGGAAUUCCAAGGUGGCCAUCCCGCAAGAUUAAUAAAGUCAAUCGAUCAUUGAAGAAGAUACAGACUGUGCUUGACUCUGUCCAGGGCAUGGAAGGAGGGUUGAAGUUUGAUCCUUCUAUGGGGGCGUUUGUGGCAGGAGGGUCAAUCAUCCAGGAAAUUGAUGCACCUAAAAGUACUAUAAAAGACCCCGUGCCUGUUACUCAAGAUGCAUUCUCAGUACCACCCGCACCUUGUAGUGAAGGUGAGAAUUUUUCAAUUAAGUUGGAGGGAAAAUUGAAGAAAACCAAUGUUUCUUCAGUUGAUUACAGUGAAGAUUCAAAAUCUAUGGCAAUCAAUGAUGGGUCGUGCCAGAUGGCAAGCCUUUGCACCAAGGUGCAGGAUUGUCCUGAACAAGCUUGCUUGGGUUCUGUUCUUGCAAAAGAACAUGAUAAACGAAUUCUGAACAAGGGUGGUUUGAGUGUAGAAAAAUUUAAACACAAUAUUGUUGGCCAGAGUUCAAAAUCUUUGAUUGCUGAUGAGAUGGACAUUGGUGUAGAUGGGGAUGAUGGAGUUGUUGAACGUAACCACCCUACUUCCUCAAGCUUGACAGACUCAUCUAAUGGCUCUGGCUCAAUGAUGCAUAGCAGUUCAUCAGGCUCUCGGAGCUUUGAGAACCAGGAUCAGUCCAAAGUCAAAUCAACCAUCAUUGAUUGUGGGUCGAAACUAAUUGUCAAAGCUACCUAUAGAGAAGACACCAUUCGUUUCAAGUUUGAUCCAUCUGAAGGUUGUUUCAGACUAUAUGAAGAAGUUGCAGCAAGAUUCAAACUACAAAAUGGGUUAUUUCAGCUCAAAUAUCUAGAUGAUGAAGAGGAAUGGGUGAUGUUGGUGAAUGAUGCUGAUUUGCAAGAGUGUAUAGAAAUAUUGGAUGAUAUUGGCACACGUAGCGUCAGGUUUCUUGUUCGUGAUAUGCCUUCCGUUUUAAGCAGUUCUGGCAGUAGCAAUAGCUACUUGGGAGGCAGCUCAUAGCAUAUGGGAUGUGGUGGACGACUUCAAUGUGAAAAUUCGAGUCUUGCUUUGACAAGUUGAUGUUAAUUUUUCACAAUCUUCUAAAGGUUCUGCAUCUGGAAGAGUUUGAAUCUUAUCCACAGCCACCUAUGCCAAGUGCAAAGCUUCUUCAUUUCUUUCUCAACUUUGUGCAUUGCCAAAUUAUAAUUUCUGAGUAGCUUUUUGGAAGAUAGAAAGACGCGGUUCAUAUGGGAGUACUUGCAUGUUAUGUUAAAUAUAUAGUUUUGUAUAUAUUGAACACAGCGGCAGCAUAGAAAUUUAUAGUAGUAGUAGUCAGUUCUGUGAUGCUGUAAUCGCACUUUGUAAUUGUAUAGAUAGAUAUAGAUAGAUAGAUUGAUUUCCCACAAGAUAAUAUAGCUAAAAUAUGAUUAUAAAGUUCUCGCCAUGUGUGGAUUUCUUUUAAGUCAACCUUUUAUUGUAAAGGUUGAUCA